CCGAACCCAGCCGGGUCCAACCGAGCCGAGCCGAGCUGAGCCGAGCCCAGCCGAACCCAGCCCAGGCGGGUGUAACGGAACCGCAGAGCAUCCCGUCGGGUGUCACCGAGCCGAGCCGAGCCAUGCCGCUGAGCGCACUGGUCCGCCUGCCGCUGGCGCUGGCGCGGGCGGCGCUGGAGGCGCUGCGGGGGCGACUGGGCGCGCUGUGCUGGAGCCUGUCGCCCCUCUCCCUGUCCCUGCCCGGCUGGCGACGGAUUUCGGCUCCCAGCCCCGCCGCCCCGGCGGGCCCCCAGCGGGAGCGGGAGUGGGACGACCCGUCCCCGACGCCCACCAGCGUCAAUUACCACUUCACCCGGCAGUGCAACUACAAGUGCGGCUUCUGCUUCCACACGGCCAAGACUUCCUUCGUGCUGCCCCUGGAGGAGGCGAAGCGGGGGCUGGAGAUGCUGAAGGAGGCGGGAAUGGAGAAAAUAAAUUUCUCGGGAGGAGAACCGUUUCUUCAGGACAGAGGCGAAUUUGUAGGGCAACUGGUCCGGUUUUGCAAGCAGGAGUUGAAGCUGCCGAGUGUCAGCAUCGUGAGCAACGGCAGCCUGAUUAGAGAGCGGUGGUUCAAGAAGUACGGUGAAUAUUUAGACAUCCUGGCAAUUUCAUGUGAUAGUUUUGAUGAGAAUGUCAACGUUUUAAUUGGCCGUGGUCAAGGAAAGAAGAACCAUGUGGAAAAUCUGCAUAAACUGAGACAGUGGUGCCGAGAGUAUGCUGUUGCUUUCAAAAUAAAUUCAGUGAUCAACAGAUUUAAUGUUGAGGAAGAUAUGAAUGAGCAGAUCAAGGCACUCAACCCUGUCCGCUGGAAGGUAUUCCAGUGCCUGAUCAUUGAAGGGGAGAACAGUGGUGAGGAUGCCCUGAGAGAAGCAGAGAAAUUUGUUAUCAGCGAUGAAGAAUUUGAACAAUUCCUGGAUCGCCACAAAGAUGUCUCCUGUUUAGUACCAGAAUCUAAUCAGAAGAUGAGGGAUUCAUACCUCAUUCUGGAUGAAUACAUGCGUUUUCUAAACUGUAGAAAUGGACGGAAAGAGCCUUCCAAGUCUAUCCUAGAUGUUGGCGUGGAAGCAGCCAUAAAAUUCAGUGGAUUUGAUGAGAGCAUGUUCCUAAAAAGAGGAGGAAAGUAUGUGUGGAGUAAAGCAGACAUGAAACUGGACUGGUAACUCAAUAUACUGAGUUAGUAUAUUGAGUAUUAUGUAAAGAAAAUGGGUGUGAGUGUAUAUAUGUGUGUAUAUAUGUAUUUAAUGCUUUUAACUAUACUUGCUAUAUGAUACAGAUUGAUGUUCAGUAUAACUCUAUAUGUGAAUAUGUUAAAUGUUUUUAGAAAGUAGAUUAUGUUCCUAUGUAUCGUUUGGUUGAACGUUACCAAGCACCUUCAGAGCUUUCAUAUAAAUAGGUCUCUGAAAUCAACCUUCUAGUCUAUUGUAUGAAGGACUUAAAAGCGAACUGUAACUAUAAUAUCACCCAGGAAGCAGUUUUAAGAUCAUACAUUCCUAUGGAAAGGUGGAUGGCAGUUCCUCACUCCAUCACAAGAGGGCCAGCUGGCAGGCCUGGGGAAGCAGCCCCUGCCUCUUUCAGGGCUAACAGUGCUCAGAAGCGAGGAAUCAUUGUCUCUGUUAAUAUAUUGAAAAGGAAAUCAAGCUGAGAAACCUAGCAAUUUUCAUUCUUUAAGACUUAAAUGUAAAAGCGUCUGUUGUUCUUCUCCCUCUCCUCCCUAUACACACGUGGUACUUGCAAAAACAUUGGAGGACCUAAUUUUCUGUGAAAAUGUAUUUUUAGUCAUGAAAAAAUAUUAUAUUUAUCCUAAAACAUAAAAGUGCAUUUUACCCAAUGAUGAGCAACUUCUUAUUUCACAUUGACAAUGACCUUAGUUCUAAGAAAUAUUUACAGUGAAAACAGUAUUUGCAUUUUAUUCAUAUCUUCCUUAAUUUUCCUUUUAUAUGCAAAUACUGAUUUAAUAUUUUUAACAUUUUUUUCUGUCCCCAUACAUAGAUUCCUUCUGAAAUUAGUUAAUACUAUAUAGCACACCUAAUACGUAUCUUCUGUUGCGUAUUGUGUUAUUCACAUACUAUAUGAAUAAUGUUAUUCACUCAGUUCAAUACUAUGUUAUUCACAUUCUUCUCAUAAAUUUUGUUUUUUUAAUUUUCAUAUAUCAUGUAGCCUUGUUUUAAAGGUUGCUUGGGUCAGUAAUCAUUCUUUCUCGCUGGUUACAAACAUGCAGAUAUUAAGUGAAACUAAUCGGGGUUUGUGACAGCUCUUAAAAUCAGAGCUGGCAGCAUCAACAUAAAAUAAAGAACAGUCAACAACCCCUGCAAAACCAGUAAUCUAAUAUGCUGCCCUUGUUGUUGGUUUUCUGGCAAUUUUUAUGGCUUUAUAAUUACAGUUUUCCAAAUUUAACUAGUCCCAUCCACCCCAAAGCUCUCUACAAAGGGCACGGGGAUGAGCAUUGCACUAAAGCAGAAAUGAGCUGGCACUGCCCUGUCUUACUGCCCAUUGAACUCAAUGCCCACGCUGUCUCACAUGUUUAAAUAUUUGCAGCAGCUGGGAGACAGCAUGCAUUGAAGGUACCACGUAGAGAAAAUGAUGCCUUCUUUCCUUUUUCUGCUAAUGCUACUUGAUUCUUUUAAAGAGUUUUUCAAGAGAAAUGCUUUGCAUUCACCUAAUGCGUCUUCAAAGUUGAAGGAGAAGGUGCAUAAGUAGGAGCUGCUACUUCUGAAUAAAGGAAGGUGCAUCUCUGAAUACACUGUGAAAAUGUUUCCAUUUAUAAUUCCUUCAGUUGCUAUUUUUACUAUGCUAACUGUAAAUAGACUGUCUCAGCGGUGCUCUUUUGUCUCUUUGUCUUUUGCAUUUUGCAAUCACAACACUUCCUAGCUGCUUCCAUUUCAGUAUUAUUUUUUCCCCUUGUAUUAAUACCAAGUGACAUUUAAAAUGUGGCCCACACACAUUAACCCCAUAGUCUUUUGGCAGCGGUUUCGCUGACCUCGGUUGGAGCUCUGCCUGAGCAGCGACUACGGGCAGCCCAGAUUUUAUGUAACUGUGGGGUUUGACUUCCUCUGCGUUCCCGUUGCUCAGAUGUUAAAGCUAGCCCCUUCCUCAGCAUCUACGCUGCCUGAGAGAAAAGAAGCAUUCUUCCUAUGCUGCUGGCCCGGUCCCAGCCUGGGGAAAGAUUUAGUGCAUCGAUGUACCACUAAAUCUACCAGCUUGCUGCUUCGGCAGAAAAUGCCAGCUGUGUCACAGCACGCAGAUGUGAGGUGCACAAACUCCCCUUCAGAUCCAGAAAUCCUGCUAUUCUUUGCACUUUACUCUGUAAAUAGCUAUUCUUUUGCUGCAGGAGAUCCUCUGUGCCUAUGGAGGAAGCUGCAGGAUAAACAAAACUGGAGCUGAAAAUGUGAAAAUCCAGUAAAUAAUGUGAAGCCAUUGAAGACGGCUUUUAUCAGAAAGUUCUAAUUUCUUAUCUUCUUAAAAUCUUAAGGAUUUUAUAUCACCUUUUGCUACCAUACAUAAUUAAGGAAAGGUUUCUGCUCUGUGUGAUACUCUUUUCCAAAGAAAAUGCCAGUUGUGUACAUUGGAAAUGAAGAAUUUGACAUAACACACUUUGACACAGAAUCGUUAAAGAAUAGCUAUUCGUAUUUUUAUGUGCAAAAUUCAUUUUUGUGUAAAAUCUCUAAUUUUUUUUUUUGUUUUUGGCUACAGCUUGAUUAAUCUAGUUUAAUUUUUUUUUAAUCUAUAAGAGAGUUCACGUUGGACCAAAAAUGGCCUUCAGGCUUUCAUUCUGUAGUUGGGCCUGACUUUCAGCAUGGGACUAGAAAAAUAAUACUGAAUUCAACAGGGCUACUCCUUGGCUUAGAGAUUACAUGCACAUUGUGGCACUGAAGAAUCAGGAUUUAAGUCCUCUAAACACAGAUAUGCUUAAUUGUAUUUUCAUGUGUAAUCCCAUAAUACUGAAGCUAAGCACUUGUUAGAGAUGCUGAAUUGGGAAGGAACUUGCACUGUAGUUUACCAGUAUUAUGCAGCUGCUAAUAUUUGUAUAAUUUGUAGAGAAUGAGUGUUUGGGAGACUGAGUUACUUCACUAAAAAUCAUCAUGUAAAUACCUUGAGUAAUGGAUACAACUGUCAUUUAAGAUGCAUUUUAAGAUGCCCUCUUUUCAGUGUGAAGGAUGCUUGAUAUAUUUGAACGCUACAAAUGAUGAAUUUUUAAAUUAUACUGUCACGUAAUUAGUGCCAAAUAUUUCACCUGUG